AUGUGUGGUUGUAACUCCUACCGGAGCCAGUGGGAAUUGUGGGAGCCUAAAAACCCAGUAUUGAGGCGGGUCCGAGAACUGUCCCAGCUCAGCAAGCAGCUGCAGCGGGUUCACCCCAACGUGCUGGCCAAGGCACUGAAGCGUAGGAUCCUCUACCAGAAUGAGGAGAUUGUGGUGAUUGACAAACCCUACGGCCUCCCUGUGCACGGUGGCCCUGGGAUCCAGAAUUGCAUCACCGAUGUGCUGCCAAUUUUGGCCAAGAUGCUGGAUGGCAUGAAAGCUGAACCCCUGCACCUGUGUCACCGGCUGGACAAGGAGACGACGGGCGUGAUGGUGCUAGCAUGGGACAAGGACACAGCACAUCGGAUCCAGUGCCUCUUCAAAACGCGACAGGUGGAGAAGAAAUACUGGACAAUCAGCGUGGGGCUCCCAGUCCCGUCGGAGGGGCUGGUGGAUAUUCCCAUUGUGGAGAAGCAAGUGCAGAGCCACCAGUCGCACUAUAAGAUGACGCUGGCACCGAACUACCGCGUGUCUCCCGAGAAUGGGAAGAUGGUGAAAGUGCGCCGGAACCGAGAUGCCCACAGUGCUGUGACCCGGUACCGCGUUCUGGCUAGCUCUCCCUCUUGUUCCCUCCUGGAGCUCCAGCCAAUCACAGGAGUGAAGCACCAGCUCCGGGUCCACCUGGCCUAUGGAUUGGGGUGUCCAAUCCUCGGGGACCACAAAUACGCACAUUGGAACAAGUUGGCACCCCAGAAGCUUCCUGAGAACGCUCUGAAGAGACUGGGGUUGGAACAGACCAAAGUGCGUCACCUCCCCCUCCAUCUGCACGCCCACCAGCUCACCCUGCCCACGGGGACCAGCGGGGACAAGCAGCUGCACCUGGUCUGCAGGCCGCCCCACUUCUUCACAAACGCUUUAAAGCGGCUGAAGCUGGAGAUUCCAGAGGCGCUAGAGAAGUGAGAGGAGAGCGGAGCUGCCUGUCUCCGCAGCCGCCAUUGCUCUGAUGACGUCUGACUCUGGUCCUAGCCGCUGUGCGGUGCUGUCUGCCUCAUGGGAGAAUGGGAUGAUGAGUUCAGUGGUCUCAGCCGCUCCAGGAGAACCUCAGCCGUUGGGGACAAAGUCUGUCCAUUGACCUGCUUGACUGAUCUUGGGCCGUUCAGCUGCGUGAGGGAGGUUCUGACUCAGAUCCAAGGCCUGGUUCUGUGCAGAACCAGGACUGGAUUUCAGUGAAGAGCCAGCCGGUUCAGCCCGCUGAGGUUUGGCAGAGGCAGAGCAGGGCCUUGCCUGGAAUCCAAACCCAAACCGUGAACGUCUCUAAACAAUAAAUGGUCUGAUCUCA